UACAACGCCGAAGCCCAAGUCCCGCCGUCGGAUCCCGCUGGUGACGUUCUUGCAGUCGCGGCGGCGCAAGCGGCGCCUGGACACCGACGGACAGUACCUGCAGCACAUCGAGAGCGCGCUCAUGACCUGCACCUACAGGGAGUCCUGCAGGUGUCUGGAGUGUCAGAGUCGCUAUUUCGAAUGCGACGAGGACUCUGAUGAUUACAACUCGGACGACAGCGACUACACGCCGCGCUACGUGCCGCAGGUCGAGGAGCCAGAAGACCACAGCUAUGAGGAUGAUGAGGUAUUCGUCGACUCUGUGCCAGGGGACAACACGUCCACGGAUUUGUUGCUGGAUAAGGAGAAGAUGUCCAUAUCGUCGGAGGAACCUGAGGAGUCGGAGGAGGAGAGGAACCUGAACUUGGAGGUGGCGGCAGGCACUCCCGUGCUGCUCAACUACCUUCUCACACACCCCAUCACUUGCACUAUACAGUAAAUGCAGUAAGAAAAAUGGCGGGCAGUGUCAACCUCUUUGGUAUUAAUGGCGGG